AUGUUCCACCUCAUCAUUCCCAGCUUCUUUGUUUUGUACUAUGCCAUCUCCUCAAUUGUGCCGUCGGCUCUUCACAGAUUGCGGUCUGUCAAGAAACCAGUCACAAUCCCCACGAAACCAAGGAAAGCACCCUCCUCUGACAGAGAGUCAAACGAAGCUAUCGACGAUGAGCUCAACUUGUACAAAAGUCUCUUCCAUCAGCUCCACAACUUGGAACUCCACGCCAGAGCAUUGCCACAAGCCAGAGAUGUUUUGGUAAGCUUUCUGUCUGAUGCAGUCGGCUGCGCAGACCAAAUCACCAAGAGCAACAUCCUUGACAUUUCAACUUUCGACGCUGAAGCUCUCGCGUCGUUCAUUCGAGCCAGGGAUGAUGCUAUUGGCCACCGAUGGGAGGAAUAUGUUCAGAGACGACAUUCUGGUGCCCAACGAGAACUAUUUACCGACAGAGAAGCCGCGAUUGAGUGGCUGAGGCAAAGAGCUCCGGUCAAAUAUGUUGACGGCGCAUGGCUUGGUCAUAUACACAAGAUCUCAACGCCCUUCCAUCUUCGUUCUGUCACCAAGAAUGCCUGGCAAAUUCUGUCUGAAGAACUGGGUGAUGGCGACAUCGAGAAGAACCAUGCGCAUGUCUAUCGCCAAUUGAUGAACGACAUCGGUGCGAAUCUGUCGGAUGCUGACAGCAUUGAGUUUAUCAACAAAGAUCUUGGCCUCAACAGCAAGCCGAUCUGGAAAGCCGCCCUCGCUCAGAUUAUUAUAUCACUUUUCCCACACAACUUCCUUCCUGAGAUUCUUGGCUUCAACCUUCACUUCGAGCUUCUGACAUGGGAUACCAUGAGAGCCAUCAAGGAGCUAAGAGAGCUCGGGCUCAACGACUACUACUUCCGCCUGCACAUCUCAAUCGACAACGCAGAUAGUGGGCACACAGCCAUGGCUCUGAAAAUUGUCCUUGACUACAUGCACACUAUCAAGGAGACCGAAGGAGAGGAGAAGACUGCAGAAGCCUGGAGAAGGAUUCAAGCCGGUUUCCUCAUGUCCGAGAUGUUCGAUCACCCCGAAGCAAAGAAGUCGACCUCGUAUCGGAGCACCGGAUCACAGCUCACGCCAAUCGAAUCAGAAGUCAUCCGAAUCUUUAAAAGCAAAGCGGCCGUUUCGCAGAGACUGCAUUGUGCCAGUCGUGUGAAGAUGCUCGGGAGGUCAUUGGCGGACUGGUUGGACCCUGCUUCUUUUACAGAAGAUGGUCAGAUAGCCUUUGUAGAUGCUUUGAGCAGAGCAACCCCUUGGAUCCAAGCUGGCGACAGCAAAUCGAGCAGGUUCAUUCAGCAGAUCUCCUGGAAAGGCCAGAUGUUUGGAGCGUUCACUCAUGUCGAAGUCGAGGUGUUGGAACGUUGGAUCAACUUGUUGACUCCUCAACAGCCUUCCGAAAGAUAUUGGCGGUUUGUAGGAGCUCAACACAACCAAAAACUCAGCCACUCGAAUUACAGGGAUGUAUUUACCGAGUAUCCGGUCUUUGAGAAGAACGGACUGCUGCAAUGGCCAAGUGAUCUGGAUGACACCCCCUUGGAGAUCAAGGUCGAUUUUGGUCGGCCAGUGGACAUGGAUAAGUUCCUGCCUCUCUGGUUCGCUCAGCAAAGUCUGCUUGAAUCAUUCGUCUCUGUCCCAUUCAGGACUUGUAACGAAUCAGUAUCUGCCAUUAUCAGAGUACUGCGGGUACAUUAUGGGUUUGCAGCAGAGGAGGAAAAUGUUGCGGGUAUGGAUGAGUUUGUCCGACACGAUGUGACGGGUCUUGUCGACAUUGGCCUGCACAUCAUGGCCAGAGCUGGUCUUUCUAGGCCGGAUUCAUUGGCUCAAGUGAUGGAAGGUAGGAACGCUGAUCAGGCGGAGACCAUGAUCGAACUCUCCAUGAGGCCCUUGGAGCAUGCCCAAGCACUACUUGGAAUGUCUGCCGCUUUCAUCGAGUUGCACCACGCCCUGGCUUCUGAUCCGAAUUGCAAGUUGCUUGACGAUCGUGUCUCUAGGAUAUUGAAAACAAUGGCAACGAGAGAAGGACUUGGGCUGCGAGAUUGUCGCGAGAGAGAUUCGCAGGACCCAGUGAAGGACAAAGAUUUUCGUAAAGGGGUUUUGUGGGCAAAGCUCGCGAUUGAGGGUUGUUUCUGA